CCCUCUCUCUCACAUACAGAAUGUUAGCCCACUAUCUAACCACAGAGAGAGCUCAGUGAGUCGUGGAAAGCAUAUUGUUUCUCCACGUCUCUCUCUCUCCCUCCCUCUUUCACUUUUACACAUCUCGUCUUUGGAUAUCCUCCUCCUGCUUUGUGACUUAACAGAGAGUGGAACAAGCUUUCUUUCCUAUUGUCAGAUUUUUUUUUAAUACUGAUCUCUUCUGGGGAUUACCACAGGAAUGCGUUUGUGUAUUUGUGGGUGAGUGUGUGUGUCCUGUGCCAUGCCCGUCCCUGGACUUUUCGGGACAAGCGGUAGUGAAUCAGCAUGAAGGGGGGUCACCAUCAGCGGGGGUGCGGAUGUCAACACUUGUUCCGAAAAGUGCUGGCCAUGUGUGGCUGCUGCUAUGCCCGUGUCCGAGAGUCAUACUCGGCGGCGGGCAGUGAGGGCAGCAUUACCCCAUCCGUAGGCUCCAUAGCCCCCCAGGCCUCGGGCAGCUCCAGACCCUGCUCUCCCUCCUCCCCAGGAGGAUCGCGGCACUCUGUCAGUGCCCUGAAGAAAUGGCUCACCAUGCCCGUCUGCAAGCUGAGUGUGGGAGGAGGGGAUGGGAAGGGAGUCAGGCAGGUCCACAGGCUGGAUGGGAAGCAACCCUCUACCCAUCUAGCUCUCGGCCAGGCCCUAGGAAGGCCUCUGGAGCAGGGGGAGAACUACACCAUCCUCCCCUGCACUGAUGGAGACCUGGGGUGGAAUGAUGGUCUGGUGAGUCCAGCAGCGUACUCUCCAGCACCCACCCUCUGCCAUAGCUACCUAUCUGACCUGCUGCAGAACAGGGACACACAUAGUCUGAACCAUCAAUCUUCCACCAUUCUCUUGGAAGAAGAAGAUGGCUCCUCCCUGAUUGAUGACUCAACCAGCCAAUGGUCAGCCACAAUGGACAGUGAAGAGGACAGGAGGAGUGCCUUAGAGAAGAGCAUAUAUGUGCUGACAGAGCUGAUAGAGACAGAGAAGAUGUAUGUUGACGACCUGGGAUUCAUAGUGGAGGGCUACAUGGCCAGCAUGGCCAGUCAGGGGAUCCCAGAAGACAUGAAGGGCAAAGACAAGAUAGUGUUCGGGAACAUUCACCAGAUCUAUGACUGGCAUAAAGACUAUCUUCUGGGGGAGCUGGAGAAGUGUGUGGCUGAGCCCAACAGACUGGCCCAACUCUUCAUCAAGCAUGAGCGGCGUCUCCACAUGUACGUAGUGUACUGUCAGAACAAGCCCAAGUCAGAGCACAUUGUCUCAGAGUAUAUCGAGACCUAUUUUGAGGAGCUGAGGCAGCAGCUGGGCCACAGACUACAACUCAACGACCUGCUUAUCAAACCAGUACAGAGGAUCAUGAAAUACCAACUACUGCUCAAGGACUUCCUGAAGUACUACACCAAAGCAGGAAGGGAUACCUCAGAGCUGGAGAGAGCGGUGGAGGUGAUGUGUUUCGUGCCCAAGCGAUGUAAUGAUAUGAUGAACGUGGGCAGACUGCAGGGCUUUGAGGGGAAGAUCACAGCCCAGGGGAAACUGCUCCAGCAGGACACCUUUACAGUUAGUGAGCAGGACAGCAGCUUCCUGUCCCGUGCCAAAGAGAGGCGGGUCUUCCUGUUCGAACAGCUGGUCAUUAUCAGUGAACCAAUCGAUAGGAAGAAGGGCUUCUCUCUGCCAGGGUACACCUUUAAAAACAGCAUCAAGCUCAGUUGUCUGGGUGUGGAGGACCACUGUGAGGAGGACCCAUGUCGUCUGGUCCUGACGUCCCGCGGGCCUGAUGGGAGCGUGGCACGCUUCGUUCUGCAGGCCUCGUCCCAGGAGACUCGGAGGGCCUGGGUCAACGACGUUGUCCAGAUCCUGGAGACCCAGAGGAACUUCCUCAACGCUCUCCAGUCUCCUAUAGAGUACCAGCGGAGGGAGAGUAAGUCCAACAGCCUGAGAGGAGCCAUGAAUGCUCCCGUUGCACCGACGUCUGGCCUGCGACCCCACUCCUCUGCCUCCAUUGACCGCCACCGGCUACCCAACCUGCGUUCUUACAAUACCUCUCUGCCCUCCCUCCACCUGCCCAGCCAGCCCCCUGCAGACACACAGUCCCCGCUGUAUCUUAGCCCUGCGACACCCUGUCCCUCCCAUCUCCCUCUGACCAGCCCUCAACAGCUCAGCAAUGGCCUGCACCCCCCUGCCCAGCACAGCUUGCAGGGGGGUACUGACAGAUACCAUGGACCCAUGCCGGGGGAGGGAGGAGAUUAUGCACCAAAUCACUCUGGCAACAAUGAUCAGCUGACAGAUCUCUCUCUGCAUGAGCAUGAGUGCUGAUGAUGUGUGAUGACCUUUGGCCUCACAUACUGAAUGAGGGGGUGUAUGGUGAAGCUGCCCCUAGAUGCUGAUAUUAGUUUAGUUUUGCAUUAUCCCCAGUAAUGGCUAAGGUUCGGUUUGGGCGAUGGGGAAGCUGAUCCUAGAUCUGUGCCUAGAGGAGACUUCACCCUGGAGUUAAUGAGGGGCAGGCUGAGAGACCCCUGGCUAGCCUGGUUCUACUCCACAGAGGACAGGCAGGGGGCCUGGGGCGGGAUCACUCCUUGUGAUUACCCUAAUAUUGCUAUAUUACUAUUACUAUGGUAUCUCUAGCUUGUAAUAAGGAUUAUUUUGUGUGUAUUUCUGUCAUUAUAUUAUAUUUUCUACUAUUUUGAAACCUCUACUUACUAUUGUGAUGUCAGAAGUGAAGCAGAAUUGCAGCCCUCUAUGGUGUUUCUGUGAGAGAAAUGGAAAAGUAACCAGUGGUCUCUGAUGUUGACAGUGUGUUUGUGUGCGCAUGUUGGUAUGUAUGUGUGACUGGUACAUUGCAUCUGUGAUGCGAUGGUAGCUGUUCACAUUGUAAAUGGUUUCUACAGUACAGUACCCCUAAGUUUGUCAAGAGUUUAUACAUGAUUGAACUUCAUAUGGUGACAUUUUUAACACAAUUUGGUUUCAUAAAGAAAUGAUAGACAUUUGGGACCGCUUCUUAAGUCGCCAACUCUUUACUGUUGCUUUAAUCUUAAACAGGCGAACCAUAUUACCAUUAUGCUACUGCUACGUGUGACAGCUUCUAUCACUUUGUACAAGAAGGGAAGCAAAGACUAGUGGGCGAUAAUGGCAUGUCUAUUCUCUGUCUCUCUUUUUAUAUAGCUUACCAGUACGCUCCUAUCCUGAAUUCAUCCUCAUCACUAUGUCAUGAAGCAGCCUUUGGGUCAAGAGUGUUGACAUACAGCAAUGACAUUGUGGUCCUUGUACAGUUUUGAAAUUGAUUGUGGGACGGAAUCUGUCUAGGAGUUGAGCAGCUGCAGUCAUGAUUGUCUACUCUAUGCAUACCGAGCAGCACAGUAAUAAUUGAUACGUUUUCCUUCAUUUUAGCGGCUACUUUAACACUGCCAUUGUUCCAACGUUAUCUGAAGAACACACACGGAAACUCACACAAAGCCCACUCAUAGCUGAAGGAGAGAGAGGAAAAGGGAACCAAGUUCAAGGGGUCGUUCAUCUGUCAAUGUCAUUAUGAAUGUAAAUAAUAUUCUGUGGGACCAUAUCAAUAAAAACAAAAUGCAACACUG